AUGCCAAACAAACCAUCAUCACUCUCCACACGCAUUGCCCAUGCCAAACAAACCAUCACUCUCCACACGCAUUGCCCAUGCCAAACAAACCAUCAUCACUCUCCACACGCAUUGCCCAUGCCAAACAAACCAUCAUCACUCUCCACACGCAUUGCCCAUGCCAAACAAACCAUCAUCACUCUCCACACGCAUUGCCCAUGCCAAACAAACCAUCAUCACUCUCCACACGCAUUGCCCAUGCCAAACAAACCAUCAUCACUCUCCACACGCAUUGCCCAUGCCAAACAAACCAUCAUCACUCUCCACACGCAUUGCCCAUGCCAAACAAACCAUCCCUCUCCACACGCAUUGCCCAUGCCAAACAAACCAUCCCUCUCCACACGCAUUGCCCAUGCCAAACAAACCAUCCCUCUCCACACGCAUUGCCCAUGCCAAACAAACCAUCCCUCUCCACACGCAUUGCCCAUGCCAAACAAACCAUCCCUCUCCACACGCAUUGCCCAUGCCCAACAAACCAUCCCUCUCCACACGCAUUGCCCAUGCCAAACAAACCAUCCCUCUCCACACGCAUUGCCCAUGCCAAACAAACCAUCCCUCUCCACACGCAUUGCCCAUGCCAAACAAACCAUCCCUCUCCACACGCAUUGCCCAUGCCAAACAAACCAUCAUCCCUCUCCACACGCAUUGCCCAUGCCAAACAAACCAUCAUCCCUCUCCACACGCAUUGCCCAUGCCAAACAAACCAUCAUCCCUCUCCACACGCAUUGCCCAUGCCAAACAAACCAUCACUCUCCACACGCAUUGCCCAUGCCAAACAAACCAUCACUCUCCACACGCAUUGCCCAUGCCAAACAAACCAUCACUCUCCACACGCAUUGCCCAUGCCAAACAAACCAUCACUCUCCACACGCAUUGCCCAUGCCAAACAAAAAAAAGCCAGCAUCACUCCCGACAAGCAUUGCCCAUGCCAAACAAAAAAAAAGCCAGCAUCACUCCCGACAAGCAUUGCCCAUGCCAAACAAAAAAAAAGCCAGCAUCACUCCCGACAAGCAUUGCCCAUGCCAAACAAAAAAAAGCCAGCAUCACUCCCGACAAGCCUUGUCCAUGCCAAACAAAAAAAAAGCCAGCAUCACUCCCGACAAGCCUUGUCCAUGCCAAACAAAAAAAAAGCCAGCAUCACUCCCGACAAGCAUUGCCCAUGCCAGAAAAAAAAGCCAGCAUCACUUCCAACAAGCAUUGCCCAUGCCAAAAAAAAGCCAGCAGCACUUCCAACAAGCAUUGCCCAUGCCAAAAAAAAGCCGGCAGCACUUCCAACAAGUAUUACCGAUUCCAUCAAGAAAUAAUAUGCUCUAUGCAUCUCAAACAUCCCCACGUAAUCAUUUCUACAAUUCAUCAUACCGAAAUUCUCAUUUACCUCUCCUAGUAAUUCUUUCAUCACAGCCUGUCUCAUUGCCCGGAUUUCAUGCAUCCCACACUAAGUUUCAGUUGUCAAUUUUCGCACUCCAAAAUUCUCACUUUGUAAGCCACUACUACUAUCCAUAA